AUGCCGACGGAUCAGGUGUGUUUGGGUCGGAAGCGCCCUGUACCUUCAUGCCCAAACCCUCUAUUCUUGCAGUGGUUAACAGAGUUGCGUGGCAGCGCCAAAGAGAAAGGCUUGAAAACGCAGUAUGUGUACCAGAAGAAAUACCCUCUGCCGCUGAAAAACGGAAAGGAGGCGAAGAUCCUGCUAAAUUUCGGUGACGGGAUCUGCAAGAUUUUGGACGAGCGGCUGCAGAAGCAUUAUCGGGAAAACGGUUCUGAUGCUCCAAUCCACUUGGCUACUUCUUGCCAUCGGAGCAGCACGGCUUCCUCCAAACAGAUGGAAGAACCUCAGAAGGAACCUUCAGGAAACUUUAGUGAGCAUAUGAAGCAAACACAAAAAGAAGUAAGAAAGGAGAAGGGAGCUAAGAAAAAGAGAGAAUAUGUGCCACAGAAGAGGUCUGGAGGUUAUGCUGUACUGCUCACUUUGUAUAGACACACACAGAUGCCUGGCAGUAAAGGCUUUAUGUUUAGGAAUGAACUGCAAACUGAGGCACAACCCUUGUGUGAGAAGUCCUUCACAGUGCCUGAUCUUGGUAGCAAGUACACUGCAUGGUCAUCAGUUAGCACACUCAUUCAGAAAGUUCUUCUGGUGAAGACGCACAAUCCUGCCAGGUAUUCAUUGACUGAUCAGGGUCUGGCUCUAGCCGAGAAGCUGGAUUCAGAAGAGACGGGGAUGGCUAAAGAACAUGUGGAGCAAAUGAGUGAAGAAGAGGACACUCGGGAUGGACCAGAUGUUGCAGACCUGACUUUAGAGGAGGAGGAUGAGGAGGACCAGGAAGAGAAAGAGAGUUGGGGAAGCAGCGGUCGCAAACAAGAAUUGGUUAAGGAAUUACAAAGGAAUGGUGUGACCUUUGAUGUCAGGAAACUGAAUGUGGGCGACUUCCUUUGGGUGGCACCUGAGAAAGUGACACCUGUUCCCGGGCAGCUGCGUCCACCUGUGGGAAUAGAGCUGGUGCUUGAUUACAUAACUGAAAGGAAGAGGAUGGAUGAUCUGUGUGGAAGCAUCAUAGAUGGACGCUUCAGAGAGCAGAAGUUUCGACUGAAGAGGUGUGGUCUGCGUAAGCCCAUUUAUCUAGUGGAGGAGUGUGGACCAGUGGCGGCUCAUCUCAGUAUACCUGAGAGUACAUUGCAACAGGCUAUAGUCAAUACACAGGUGGUUGAUGGCUUCUUUGUGAAGCACGUACAGGAUGUGAAAGAGUCUGCUGCUUACCUCACCAUCAUGACCAGAUACCUCCAGAAACUCUACCAGAAUUGCACAUUAUUCUGUCGCUCCAGAGAACUGGUGGAUGAUGGAGAAGAUAAGAGUGAGCAAAUGGCAAACCUGUCCUGUUCUCUCAUGGCCUUCACAGAAUUGAAGUCUCUGACUCAUACAAACAGUGCCAGAUGCGGGAAGUAUUUGCACGACAGCUUAUGCAGAUCAGUGGAUAAAGCAACCGCUGUUCUUGAAAACUACAGCACAGUCAGCAGUUUAUUGCAAGCAUAUGAUCAGUGCUCCGAUGAAACAGAUAAAGAGAAACUUCUUUCAUCCAUCAAAUAUGGAAAACUCAAAAGGAAUAUUGGACCGGCCUCGAGCCGCACUAUAUAUCAGCUCUACUGUACACGUGGACCUCUGUCAUAGGCUUUCGCCUUAUUACAAACACAAAAGUGUUGUUGCACUUUAGUUUAAUCAUUGCAUUUUCAUUUUCAUUCAGUACAUUUGUUGACUCUCAAAUAAUGUAUACAAUAAUAAAGAUAUAAAUUACAGUUUUUCUAACU